AUGGAGAAUUUAGAUAUUGUUGCGUUACUUGAAGAUGACGGUCAUAAUGACCGAAUAAACGUAUUGCACCUUAUGCUUAAUGAAUUAGUCGAACCGUUACCAGAACUGGAUGAACUAGAAGUGAGGCAACGUGAUGAAAGACCUAGAAAUCGUAAUUAUUACGAAAUUAUUGUUCCUCAAUACGACGUUGUUUUAUUUAAGGAGCAUUUUAGAAUGUCUCGUGCAACAUUUGAAGUGCUAGUUGAUAUAAUUGGAAAUUCCAUACAUGGGAAUCCAAAUUACCUUGUGGAUUUGAGAAAAAAAGUUAUGUUUUCAUUGUGGAUUUUAUCUAAACCGGAAAGUUUCCUUGCUGCUGGAGAUCGCUUUGAUUUACCCAAGAGUACUGCUCACUACGUAUUCAAAGAAGUUAUCACCAUUAUAGCUAACCUCUUACCGAAUUAUAUUACAUGGCCUGAUAGACGAUAUCAUAAUGUUGAAGAGAUUUUUCGAAGACGUUCUCGGGGAUUUCCCGGUGUUAUUGGGGCGAUUGAUGGUUGCCAUAUUCCAAUAAAAGCUCCUGUAGGCAACUCUAUAGAUUUUUAUAAUAGAAAUAAGAUACACUCGAUUAUAUUACAAGGUGUAUGCGAUCACAAGGCACGUUUUAUAGACGUUUUCAUCGGAAUGCCUGGACGAAUGCAUGACGCUCGAGUAUUUAGGCAGAGCGAGUUGUUUGCACGAUUGAAUAAUGCUGAAAAUCCUUUGCUACCCUUUAAUAUGCAUCUUAUAGGGGAUUCUGCCUAUCCUUUAAUGCCAAAUCUUAUGACACCGUUUCGUGAUAAUGGUCACCUAACGAGAGCGCAAAGUAAUUAUAAUAUUAAAUUAAGUAUGAUCAGAGCUAUUAUCGAAAGAGCAUUCGGUCUUUUGAAAAAUAAAUUCCGAAGAUUAAAAUAUUUAGAUAUUUCCGACCCAGCUUUGGGAAAUACUAUCAUAGCAGCAGCGUGCGUCUUGCAUAAUUUUUUAAUUGAUCGAGAUGAAAUUAAUUUCGAAUAUGAAGCACCAAUCGAAGCAAUGGCAAUACCGAACGAUGAUAUAGAUAUACUAAAUGAUAAUAUUCCUGCGGUAACAAAAAGAAAUGAAAUAGUUCAUUUAUUACAAUAAGAAAAAAAAAUUUAUUUGAAAAUAUA